ACAAGAGCGACUUUGUCAAGCACACACCCACCCACCUGCAUCCAUCAUGACUUUGAACACCUGCGUUCACGUGUUUUCUGCCCCUGUCCGAUUGUCCGCCAAUCAUCAUACUGGCCAUGCACUGACGGCUGGGGAUGGCUCGCCAACCUGGCAACCCGCAUCCUGGGUCUUCACGACACCGACUUGUACUUCGUGUUGACAGUUUUUGACGUCCUGCAGCGGUUGUGUGUUCUGAUGCCGGCCAAAUUUCGCCCCUGGCAGUCCGUGAAGCCAUUCUUUGGCUUCAUUGCACUUCUUUUCUAUGCGGAUCCAACGUGGCUAGACAAAAUCCUCAUCUUUGCCGGCUUCAUCGGAUCCGUCGCCGCUGGAGUACCUUUCCCUCUCAUCGGCAUUGUUUUUGGACAGGUCAUAGACACGUUUAACAGUGCAAUAUGCGGCGAAGGCAGCGGUGCGGAAUCAUCCAACACCCAAUCUGCUGUCAACGAUAAGAUUCUCCUGAUGGUCUACCUCGCCAUUGCGAUAUUCGCUUUGACGUAUCUUCACGUUGUCUGCUGGAACCUGGUGUCACAACGUCUUGCUCAGCGUGUACGGGAACGCUACUUGAAGAGCCUCCUCAAGCAAGAUAUCGCGUUUUUCGACAAAGUCCAAGCGGGGGAAGUGUCUUCGCGCCUGAAUGGAGAUGUCCAAGCCAUCGAAACCGGGACCUCAGAGAAGGUCGGGGUUUUCCUCACAUGCAUUUCGUUUUGCAUCACCGCAUAUGUUAUCGCCUUCAUAAAGGACCCAAGACUAGCUGCCAUGCUCGUAUCGUUGAUCCCGGCGUUCUUGAUCAUGACGGUGGUUGGCGGUCAUUACGUACAGAAGUAUUCCACAGCAAUGGCCGACUACUUCGCAUCAGCCAGCGCCAUCGCGUCUGAGGGCUUGAGUCACGUGGGGCUCGUGCAUGCUCUUGGUGCACAUGCCCGUCUGGAAGAACGGUUCAGUGGAUAUCUGAGCAAUGCAAAAAGAGAAGGUAUCAGGAAGGCACUUGCGGCCGCAGUGCAAGCCGGUUUGCUAUACUUCAUCGCCUUCUCCGCAAAUGCUCUGGCCUAUUGGCAGGGAAGCAGAAAGAUCGCCAACACUGUGGAAUUCGGCGGAGAUUCCACAGUCGGAGAGACGUACACUGUCAUUUUCAUUCUCGUGGAUGGAUCCAUCGUGUUAAGUCAAGUUGCACCAUUGAUUCCUUUAUUUGGUGCGGCAGUUGCUGCUUUUGAACGUCUCCGGAGGGAUAUUGAUCACCAGCCAACUAUCGACGGUACCUCCGAGUAUGGUGAAAUGCUUUCUGACGUCACCGGAUCCAUUCGGUUUUCCCAUGUCUCUUUCACGUACCCAUCUCGUCCGGAGCAUCCUGUGUUGAACGACGUCUCAUUUGAAUGCGAGGCCGGUAAGCUCACAGCUAUCGUAGGACUUUCAGGCAGUGGGAAGUCGACUAUUGCGUCACUGCUUACUCGUUUCUAUGACCCUCAACACGGAACCAUCACAAUGGAUGGCCGAGAUAUCAAGAAUGUGAACGUCCGAAACCUUCGGGGAUUCAUCAGCCUUGUGCCACAGGAGCCUUCGCUUCUCGACAGAUCGAUACUGGAAAAUGUUGCGCAAGGCCUGGUCAACUCACCUGCUCAUGCGCAUCUUGCCCCUACUUUACUGAGCGAUGCUCUUGCAAAACUAGUUGACCAGGUCCGUGCAGGAGAGGACCUGCUGAAGGCAGCUGAGAAAUGCACGACGCACGUUUCCGAGAUUGUCAGCCUUGUCCAGAAAGCUACAGACCUUGCAGAUGCUAGCGCCUUCAUCGAGCGGUUGGAGCAUGGUCUGGCAACGUCUGUGGGCUCAACUGGCAGUCUUCUAAGCGGAGGUCAGAAACAGAGGAUUGCACUCGCACGUGCGCUCGUUCGCGAUCCUCGGGUUCUGAUACUCGAUGAGGCCACUGCAGCUUUGGACUCGACUAGUGAGCAAAGGAUUCAAGCUGCCAUCGAGAAGGCUUCUAAAGGACGGACGGUCAUUUCUAUUGCCCAUCGCCUGUCGACAAUUCGGUCCGCCAGCAAGAUCAUAGUAAUGAAGAAGGGUGAGGUUAUUGAGAGGGGGACCCAUGACGAGCUAAUGCGCCUGGAUGGAGGAUCUUACGCCAGCAUGGUGAACUUGCAGUCUGUGGAGGGUACUCAAGAGACCAAAGUCUCCUCCGGUGAGAAGGAAUACAUGAACGACAGUAUACAGAGCGACAAAGCACUCAGUCCGGAUCCCGUUAACGCUGAGAAAAAUGAGCUAAAUCAGCCAGACGCCUCAGAUGAUGGCAAGGAUGGUGCUGAGCUUCUUGCCAAGUCUAUCAUGAGAACCAUGUUUCCUAUGGUACGGCCAUACCUCUUGCUGCUUCUGUUAGCAUUCUUCGCCGCACUCAUUGUUGGCGGUACUUAUCCAGCUGCUGGCCUUAUCUUCGGAAACACGAUUGGCACUCUAACGCCUUGCAACCCUGCGGACUUCAUCCGAUCCCGUGGCCUGCUCCUCUCCGGCAUGUUCUUCAUGCUUGCAUGUGUAGAAUUCGCUGGUAACUUUACCAGCUGGGCCUCUUUCGGGACAAUAUCCGAACGUUUGAUCUACCGAGUGCGGGUUUCAUCCUUCCGCGCCCUCUUCCAGCAGCCGCUCCAAUGGCAUGAGUCCGCAGGCCGGAAUCCCAACAAGCUGUUGUCUUACAUCACCACUGACGGCAACGCCUUGGCCGGUUUCAGUGGCUCCAUUAUCGGCACAUUGUUUGCAGUCGUUGUGAACUUUGCCAUAGCAUUGAUCCUCUCCCAUAUCGUGGCUUGGAGGAUAGCCGUGGUCUUCCUGGCAGUCGUUCCUCUACUCCUCGGUGCCGGGUUCAUGCAGUUGCGAUCAAUCGUGCGGUUUGCGGAAAAGCACGCGGGGGCAUUUUCCUCGUCCAUUGGUAUUACGGUCGAAGCGGUCAGCAACAUCCGCACGGUGGCUGCUCUUUCCUUGGAGCAGGAAAUACUGCAGACAUAUCGUCGAUCUCUGAGUGCGCCACGAAAGGCCAUGGUGAUACAAAGCUUGAAGUCAAAUAUUUGGCUAGCGAUCUCGAAUGCUUCGGGCAAUUUCAUCUAUGCCUUUGCAUACUGGUGGGGCUCCAAGAAUCUUCUUGAAGGGAGAUACUCCCAAACUGAGUUCUUCAUCGUACUUUUUGCCAUGUUGGUCUCCGCUCAGUUAUGGGGUCAACUGUUCACUCUGGCUCCGGAGAUAUCGAGGGCCAAGGCGUCCAUCUCUCGUAUCGUGGUUCUUCUGGAAUUAAACAAAGAUGCUUUGGACUCUCCUCGUGGAAGCUCAAGCUCUUUCGCUGAUGAAGACUUGACGGAGAAGAGAGAUAUCGAAGCGCUGGCAGAUUCCAGGUCACCAACCUCGCGCGGGCAAGGUGCAAGCGUCGAGUUCCGCGACGUUAGCUUCUCCUAUCCCGCGCGCCCCAAUAUCCCAGUUUUAAAUUCCUUCUCUCUCUCCAUCCAGCCCGGGCAGUUCUGUGCUCUUGUUGGACCCUCCGGCGCCGGGAAGAGCACGGUGCUUGCCCUCCUCGAGCGAUUUUAUUCCCCUUCUUCCGGUUCGAUCGUCAUCAAUGGCUUCGAUAUCUCACGUCACCACGGCACCUCAUUUCGGGACGACAUCGCAUAUGUCCCGCAAGACAAUGUGCUCUUCCAUGGCACCAUUCGCUUCAAUCUACAACUGGGCGCACGACCAGGUCACAAGCCGACAGAUGCGGAGCUCGAGGACGCAUGCAAGCUGGCCAACAUACACGACACCAUUGCCGCUCUCCCUCAAGGAUACGACACUGAAGUUGGAGCCAAUGGUUCGCAAUUGAGCGGCGGCCAGCGUCAACGCCUCUCGGUUGCACGGGCGUUGGUGCGGAAGCCAAAGCUCCUGCUUCUUGACGAGAGUACGUCUGCCUUGGACGCCGAGAGCGAGAAGGCGCUCGAAAUGGGGCUGGAGAGAGCGGUUAGGGGCCAAGGAGUCACGGUGGUGGCUAUCGCACACCGAUUGAGGACGAUCGCUAGGGCGGAUGUUAUUUUUCUAGUGGAAGUAGGGAAAGUGGUUGAUCAGGGAAAGCACGAAGAGCUGGUGAAGAGAAGUGAGAGUUAUAGGAUCAACGCUCUACACCAAAUGCUGGGAUAGCUGCCAGGAAGGUUGAACUCUGGCGUCAGUUGCGUUUUGUGCAUUGGGAGGCGAAAAGUAUAGUCCAGUUUGGUACAUUAUACUCAUCGUUCAC